AUGUCUGGAGAGAAGAAAACUGCUUAUGUAGAGAUGACAGAAAAGAAGAAAACUGCUCAUGUAGAGAGGUCAGAAGAGAAGAAAACUGCCCAUGAUGAGAUGUCAGAAGAGAAAAAAACUGCUCAUGAAGAGAUACCAGAGGAGAAGAAAACUGCUAGUGAUGAGAUGUCAGAAGAGAAGGAAACUGCUCAUGAUGAGAUGUCAGAAGAGAAGAAAACUACUCAUGAAGAGAUACCAGAAGAGAAAACAACCGCGUGUGAAGAGAAUUCAAGAGACAAAACAAUACCACAUGAGGAGAUAUCAGAGACAAAGUCACCAGUGUCUGUUAAUGAGUCAUUGGAAGAGACACCAGUAAGUGAUGAAUAUUUGUCAAAAUUCAAGUCAACGGCACGUGAUAAAAUGUUAGGGGUGAUGAACUCAACUUCUUGUGAUCAGCAAUUUUUCAAAGAAAGCGCAAAUAUAUAUGAUGAACAAUUGUCAGAGAUGUCACUACCGUGUAAAGAGGAGGGAGAGAAAGAAACUGCAUAUAUUGAAGAAUUAUUGGCACAGAAGGCAGCUUCACAUGAUGAAAAAUUGUUAGAAGAAUUGUCACCUGCAUAUGAAAAAGAUUUAACAGCAAAACCAUCAAGAGAUUGUGAUGAAGAUUUGUCAGCAUUGAUAUCACCAGCAUGUAAUGUAAAUUUGACAGGAGAAAGACUCUAUGUGUGUGAUGAAGCAGUUCUUGUACCAGUCAACCAAAAGCAAGAAGUCUCUAAGGAUCAGGAGAAAACAUUAAAGCCUUUGUUUGAUGAUGAUGAGGAGGAGGAGGAUGAUGGUUGGUUUGGUCCAAGAACACUUUUCUUUUUCCAUAUAGAUUAUUUCAAGGCUGCUGGAAAAGAUGUCUGCUAAAAAAGAGAA